AUGCUCCGUGCGCGUGCGUGCGUGCGGCCAGCCUACCCGUCAGAGCCCACCCUUCACGCAACGGCAACAUCCGGCGCCAGUCCCGCUCUUGGGUUGAGAAACUACUUCCGGCAUCUUGCACUUGCGCAGCAGCCACUCUGCGCUCCAGUUCAUUCCGACGCUAUGCUUUUCCGCUGGCCAACGGAACGCAGGGAAAGGAUGGCGGCAGCCGCUCUGAAGAGAUUCUGGUCUGGUGGACGCAGUGAAGCGGGAGGAGAGGCGAGUGGUGCCGCGACGGUGGUGGCAAAGCCGGGAGUGUGGGCGCGGCUGGGCACCUGGACCCGCGCGCUGCUUCGGGAUUACGCCGAGGCGUGCAGAGACGCGGCAGCUGCGGCUCGUGCCCGGCCAGGGCGCGCGGCUGUGUACGUGGGGCUGCUGGGCGGCGCGGCGGCGUGCUGCGCCCUGGCCCCCAGCGAAGCGACCUUCGAGGAGGCCUUGCUCGAUGCGUCAGGGUCCCUCUUGCUACUGGCGCCGGCCACGCGCAACCGUCACUCGGAAGCGUUCUUGCAGCGCCUGCUGUGGCUGAGAGGCCGCGGGCGGCUGCGCCACGUGAACUUGGGUUUCUGCUCGCUGGUGUAUGAGGCGCCUUUCGAUGCCCAGGCCAGCCUCUACCAGGCCCGCUGCCGCUACCUGCAGCCACGUUGGAUCGACUUCCCCGGUCGGGUCCUCGACGUGGGGUUCGUGGGCCGUUGGUGGAUCUUGGAGAACCGCAUGCGUGAUUGCGACAUCAACGACGACGAGUUUCUCCACCUGCCUGCGCACCUCCGUGUGGUCGGACCCCACCAGCUGCAUUCUGAGGCCAACGAGAGGCUGUUCGAGGAGAAGUACAAGCCGGUUGUGCUCACUGAUGACCAGGUGGACCAGGCGCUGUGGGAAGAGCAGGUGUUGCAGAAGGAGAAAAAGGAUAGACUGGCGCUGAGCGAGGCCGAUUCACUGGUGCAGUCCGCGGUUUCCACAUGAAACCCAAGGAAACCCGGGUCUCUAGGUUCAGGCCACGGAUGGUGCAGUGGAUGAGAUGGAUGGAGGUAAACUUCUCACAGUGUGGUUUUGUGGGAGGCCCUUCUCACGCCGUCUGUUUGAUUAGCUGACGCUAAUUGAAAGCCUUGCUGGUCUUGGAGAUGAAGAGCUGAAGCAUUUGACCGUGUUACAUUUAUAACCACCAGAACUGCUAGUAAGGAGCCUGUUGUCGCUGAGGAUGUAUGUCAGUGGUUAGAGCACUUGCCUAGUAACGCCUGUGGAACAGAACAAAAACGAACUUUUUGUUUUUGGGUUUAUUUGGUUGGGUUUUGAGACUAGCACUCCCAAAGAACCAGGAUUGGCCCUGAAUCCUCCUGCCUCAGCUCCAGUUACGAAGAGGUCCAGUGACUCCCAAGACCCUAAGACCAUUCACAUUCUUUUUAGAGUGUUUGUGUGAGUUUUUAAGGAAGAUCUGGCAGUGUUGCCCAGUCUAGUAUAGAAUUCGUGGGCGAAAGUGAUCCUUCCGGGAGCUGGACAACUCAGUAUAUAAGAGUACUGACUGCUCUUGCAGAGAACCUGGAUUCAAUUCUCAGAGUACAUUUAGGGACUCACAAUCAUCUGUAACUCCAAUUCUGGGAAUCGGACCUCUUUAGAUUCCUCAGGUAUUAGACAAGCACGUGCUGUACAGACACACAUGCUGACAAAAUGCCCAUGCACAUAACAUUUAAUAAACCAUAAUCAUGUGCCACCA